GAAACGGAUAUAAACUUCUCUGAAUUUGACUCUUUCUCUUCCGGAUAAAGUCCUACCAAAAGAUAAACAUCACAUAACUGAAAAUAACUCCCUAUCUCACACACACUGUGUGUAACCGUCCCCACUACCACCACUACUUAAAGAACCCAUUUCUUCAUCUUCUUUUUUCUUUUUCCCAACCUUGAUCCUCUUCUCUUUAAAUGUUUUCUUCCGAAAAGAUGAACAAAGACAUGAUCUUGGGUACUACUACCAGUAGCACUUCAUCAGAUUUGCAACUCUGUCCUGCUUCUCCGGAUGCCCGAGAGAUUUUCCGUCCAACCAUCCAUUUUUCUGAUGAAUGUGGUGGGAAUUUCCAUCCAAUAAACUUAAAGCCCCACCAGCAGAACCCCAGAAAGAAACGAAGCAAGAUGAUGAGAGUCCAGAACAUAAAGGCCAUUGUUGGUGGUAGUGAGGCCAAGCAUGGAAAGAAACCUGAGGCUGGUGGUCCUACUAAGAUCAGCCAUCCAUGUAGUGAGUGUGGGAAGAGUUUUUGGUCAUGGAAGGCUUUGUUUGGCCACAUGCGGUGUCACCCCGAGAGGCCAUGGCGUGGGAUCAAUCCACCACCCAAUCCGUAUAACACCACAACCAAUGAAGACAGGUAUGUGGCUUCGUGUUUGUUGAUGCUGGCCAAGGGUCCAAGCCAUUAUGAGGAGUGCAAGAAGAACGUAAAGGGGUGUUUAGGGAAAAUGCGAAGGGAAGGACCGAAGAAGAGGUGGCAUUGGGAGAGAGAAUCAGAAGAUGUAGCAGCAACAUCAGUAUAUAGGUUGGAUUUGAACCUGCCUGCUGAUGCACCUCCACAAGAUUAUUCAAAUUUGGGUUUGGAUUUAAGAUUAGGACUUUGAUACAAUGAAUCAUGUAUAAAAAACUACUGUCUUACUAUAUAUAUGUAUAUGUAUGUAUGUAUGGAUGUAUAUAGUUGG